AUGGCAGAGAUAUCAUCAACGGCAGUGAAUAAAACUCUCGGUGAUUUUUAUCAGAGUGUGACGUCAAAAGAACCAAGCGUACGAUUAGAGUGUUUCUCAGCACUCGAAAGUUUAUUAUCAGACAGUGAAACAUCAGUUGAUUGUGAUGAUCUACCUGGUUUUAUAAAUGGUUUAAUUAAAUGGAUCGAAGGCAGUAAUUUCCGAAUUGCAGCUAAUGGCUUGCGAACGUUAGAAUUACUUCUCGAUCGAUUAGAUUCGAAUGAGUUCGGACACUAUGUUGAACAAGUUACAUCUGCAACAGUCGAUCGUUUGGGUGAUGCUAAAGAUCAAGUUCGAGAAGCUGCAUCUAAUCUUCUUAUUAAGCUAAUGACCACUUAUACCCCUCAGCGUAUAUGGGAUUUAAUACAACCAUUAGCAUUUGAUAGUAAACAAUUCCGUAUCAAAGAAGAAAGUCAACGCGUAUUAAUACGAUCAUUAGAAGAAUUCGGCGCAUCGACAAUACAAUUGAGUAAACUCGUUCCACUGAUUUCGAAACUUAUAUCUGAUUCGAAUGGUGCUGUUCGUCAACAAGCAGUCGAUACUCUUGUCGAAAUUUAUCGUCAUGUUGGAGAGAAAGUUCGUAGUGAUAUUGCUAAACGAGAUAUUCCUGAAGCGAAGUUGAAACAAUUGUAUGAAAAAUUUGAUGAUGUUAUUGCCAGUGGUCGAAUGAUUGCUAAAGUGUCGGAUGCAACUGAUGAUGCUGAAGCAAUGGAUUCAUCUUUAUUUGAACGAUUUUUCGAUCCGACAUCGACUCAUUUUCAGCUACCGACAUUGAAUGAAGAAGAAAAUGAUGAAGUCUAUCCGUUGCUUCAUAUUGAAUUCUAUCGGUUAAAUAAAACACGACAAUUAUUAAUAGCACGACCGAAGCCGACAACAACUCGAUCUCGAUUGAAUUCAGAUAGUAGUACAACAUCUACACGUUCACGGCCAAGUGGUGGUGUACCCGCUCGAUCGGCUGCACCUGUCUCUGCAGCUGUGGCAAGCGGUGCUGUCGAUGAAGCAAUCUUCGAAGAGGCAUUCAACUCAUCCCCUGCAAUCUCUCUGUCAUCGGGCAAAGAUGUCGAAAAUCAAUUAUCAACUAUUCGAGAUACACUCGCCGACACGAAUAAUGAUUGGGAAAAACGUGUCGAAGCAUUGAAACGACUACGUUCGAUUGUAACCGGUGGCGGUGAUCAGUAUGAUGAAUUUUUUCGUAAUCUUCGUCAACUUGACCUACCUUUGGUCGCAACCGUCAAAGACUUACGCUCACAAAUUGUUCGUGAAGUUUGUAUUACUCUUGCAUUCAUGUCAAUACGACUGACCAAUCGAUUGGAACGAACGGCUGAAUGUGUUCUUCCUGCAAUGUUAAGCCUGAUUCAGAAUAGUGCUAAAAUAAUGGCGACAAGCGGUGCUGUUGCUUUACGUUACAUUGUAACCAAUACACAAUCGAGUAAACUAAUUCCGUUGAUAUUGACGGGAAUUGAAUCAAAAUCAAAAGAUAUUCGAAGACAAGCUUAUGAACUGAUAGUCAUUAUGCUCUCCCAUUGGGAUUUGGUCUACAUGGAAAAAUAUGGCCAAUUACUUCAUGAUGCGAUUAAAAAAGGCCUGUCCGAUGCUGAUGCAGAAGCAAGAUCGAAUGCUCGCAAAGCAUUCGGAUCAUUUCGUGACCAAUUUCCAACAUUAGCUGACGUACUCCUUGCGUCAUUGGACUCAUCGAAAAAGAAAACAUUAAUGGGUGAAAUGAGUAAUGCAUCCAGUACACAUUCAUUGGCGAGUGUUGGUAGUUCAAGAAUACGUAGUGCAAAAGAAACGGGAUCAAAACAAGUGCGAAGAGAGAGUGUUGAUAAACAAGGUUCAUCGAGUAGUCUUGCUCGGUCAUCAAGUGCGAAUGAACUUGCUCUACGCCAAAAGAGUUCAUUAUCAAACAGUUUGAAUGCAACGAGUAUUCCAACAAAGACCAGUCGAACUCGAUACCUUCCUCAACAAUCGGGUGUAGUAAAAUCUACUUCAACUACAUCACGUCCACCCCAAACGGUUUCCCAAUCUCAACCGGGCAGUCGUUCAACAUCACCGAAUUCAUUGCGAUUGUCAUAUCUAUCGUCAACCCGCACGCCAACUAAUACCCGCUCGCGGAUACCAGUUGGUUCCAACGGAGGUUCACGAAUAUCAAGUCGAGAAUCAAGUCCAGGACGGACAACUUUGUCUUCUAAUGGUAUCAGCGGUAAUAGACGUCGAUCAGGACGAUCGUUUGGUUACCGAGGACCAGGAAGUGAUUAUGGCGAUCAUGGCAAUCAACGUCGUGUUAGUGGUUCUUGGUAUGGUGACAGCGGAGAUGAUGCAUCCGAAACGUCAAGUAUUUGUUCGGAAAGAUCAUUGGAAGAUAUUGCGGACGUAUUACGUCGUAUGUCAAGUAAUGAAUGGGCUGAACGUAAAGAAAGUUUAUCCAGUUUAUACCAUAUGAUUCGUGCUGGUCGUGCAUUUAGUCCGCCAGAAAUGAAACGUUUGACCGAAUUGUUAACAAAGCGUUUCUAUGAUUCCAAUUCACAUGUAUUUGUCGCAUUUCUUGAUGUUUUACCUGAGUUCAUCUUUGCGUACAAACGCGAAUUGAGUGAUUGGCUCUAUGCUCUAUUAACUCGUUUAUUAAUUCGUUUGGGUUCUGUCGAUUUACUUGAUUCGGUCGCGAAAAGGCUGAAACAAUGCUUAGCAGUAGUUAAUUCUUCAUUUGAUGUUCAUGCACAAUUUACAGUUCUCAUUCGUUUCAUUAACGAUAAUUCAUCUGCACCAAGCGUUAAAGCAAAGGAAAUUGUGCUUCGUUAUUUACAGCAAGUUAUUCAACAUAUGGAGCCUGUCGAUAUCACCAACAAUAAUGAUGUACGUACAGCUCUAUCGAGAAUUAUCAAUUGGUCAAGUGAACCGAAAAGUAUUGAAAUGAGAAAAGCAGCUCAAGCGGUUAUUGUUGCUGUGCACAAUCUUAACCGACCGGAAUUCAAUUUGAUGCUCACGACAUUAGCGCAAAAUUGCCAAGAUGCCGCAGCGAAAAUCAUUCAAUCUGCCACUGAUUCACAAUCGCAACUCGACAACAAAUAUGACUUUUUUCGACGAACAAGUCUCUCUGGUUUAACAUCACCUAUGGCAUCAUCCAUGCAUUCUGAUGUUCAAGCGCCCACAUAUGCAUCUGACAUGCGUAUUCUAAUGGAGAAUAUGCAAGCUUUGAAUGUGAAUCACCGGCAGGAUGAGUUAUUAGUUAAUUCAGCAUCGUUGAAAGAGAAAGAACACCGAUCAAUGAUUCCCGUACGGCAUCAUACAUCCCACAUGUAUCACUCACGAACACAACAAGCAGAGCCGUCAGAUAGUAUUUCUGACGCACCCGAUCGUCCUGAAGCAAUCGACAGAGCACUUAACGUUGCUAAUAAUAGCACUUCAACAAAAGAUCAACGACAGCAUGCUCUACGUUGUGUAUUGAAAUUUGCCAAAGUAAAUGAUGCCGAAACAUGGGAUUUGGCAUUUAGUAAAACACUGAAUAUAUUAACGCAAAUUCUCGAUAAUUCGGCUGAUGAAGUUCUCUAUAAAAUUUACAGUUUAAGAAUCUUGCGCGAAUUAUUGACGCAUCAUACGAAUCUGUUUAUGACUUAUAUCGAAUUAACAAUCUUUCGCAUAUUAAAAGCGCAAAGUGAAACUGAAGGCGAAAUCACUCGUUUUGCUGAACAAGCAGCUCAUGCUGCUGCUGAACAUCUACCACCAGAGAAUACUGUUCGUGUGCUGAAACCAAUCAUUGAACAAGCGAAAUAUCCAAUGAAUCAAUCAGCUAUAACAAUGUUACAGAAAACGAUCGAACUGAUGAACAAAGAAAUCUGCAUUGAAUUGAUGCCUGAAAUCAUCCCACCGCUCCUAACGGCGUGGGACAGUAAUUCCCAUAAUCUCACCGGUGGAACCAGUUCAUGGGACAAUGAAACAUCAAGCGUACGAAAAGCAGCCGUCUUCUGUCUGGUGUCGAUUUACAUGGUCGUUGGCGAUACUCUUCGCACACAUUUACAUAAACUAAGCGCAAGCAAGCUCAAAUUAUUAAAUGUUUACAUCUCAAAAGCUCAACAACAAACAGCUACGAGCAAUUCUGAAAAGUCAACAGCAUCAAAUGGGCUUAACAAUAAUCAAACUUCCUGA